UGCAAGAACGGCGGCAAUUGUACUUAUGCGUCGGUGAAUAGUAAAUUCGUUGUAAUUGGUUGUGACUGUCCUAAAGGUUUUACCGGACCUAGGUGUGAAAACGAAUGUAGUAAAGGUUACUAUGGAGAUAAUUGUCAAAGCAAGUGUAAUUGUCACGAAAGCAACACUGCUAAUUGCACCCGCAGUGGUAUCUGUAUAUGUAGAGAUGGCUUCUACGGAAGAUACUGUCAACGAAAAUGCCCUAGUGGAACUUAUGGCUUUGCAUGUGAUCACAAGUGUAAUUGUGACAAGAACAGUAUUUGUCAUCACAUUACAGGCGUUUGCAUACCCAAUAUCUGUAAAGCAGGUUACUAUGGCAAAGACUGUAGAGAAGUAUGUCCUGCAGGAACUUACGGAUCAAAUUGCUUCUUUAAAUGCAAGUGUGAUUCACCGAAACAAUGCCAUCCAAUAACAGGAAAUUGCAUUUGCCCGGCCGGCUGGCAUGGCGAGUUAUGUGAUCAAGCGUGUGAAAACGAACGCUUUGGACCUGAUUGUCAACACUCGUGUCAGUGCAAAGGAAAAAAUUCGGUGUGCUUGCCUACUAAUGGUGAAUGUAUCUGCAAAAGAGGCUUUGAUGGUCCAAAUUGUGAAGUUGCUUGCCCUGCUGGUAGAUACGGAAAGGGUUGUUUACAGAUUUGUGAGUGUCCUUUCAAUAGUUAUUCUUGUGUUAAAAGCAUUUCUGGAUAUUGCCACUGCAAACCCGGAUAUUUUGGACGAGAUUGCUUGUCCAAAUGCUCUAGAGGUUUCUUUGGAGAGGGUUGCAACAGUAUUUGUAACUGUCCAGACCAAGAAGGAUGUGAUCCAGUUACCGGUGGUUGUAACUGUCCUCCUGGAACUUUUGGAAGAGAUUGUAUUAAUCGAUGUAGUGGUGGAAGAUACGGGCCACGUUGUUCUAAGCUUUGUACAUGCGAUUCUAGUGCUAUUUGUAAUUCUAUUGAUGGAUCAUGUAAAUGUCCCCUUGGACGUACCGGCAAGCGAUGCGAAAAAGAAUGUCCUCCAGGAAAGUAUGGUCCAAAUUGUAUAUACAACUGUACAUGUCAGAAUGGUGGAUUAUGUGUUAGCAGAAUAGGAUCAUGUUUAUGCCCUCCUGGAUAUUACGGGGCACAAUGUGAAAAGGCUUGUAGUAGUGGAUUUUGGGGGUACCGAUGUUCGAUUCCUUGCCCAUGCAAACAUUCAGAAGGGUGUAAUCCUCAAACUGGUGCAUGCAAAAGGUGUCUACCUGGUUGGAUGGGACCAUUCUGUGAUAAACCUUGUCCUCUCGGCAAAUAUGGUCCUAACUGCAUGUUGACAUGUCCUUGCAAUUCGACUGUUGGAUGUGAUUCAGAUGGCAGAUGCAAAUGCCCACCUGGAAAAACGGGCCUAAAUUGUGAAGACGAUUGUCCACUUAAUCGUUAUGGUAGUAAUUGUCGGCUAACAUGUAGUUGCCAUAAUGGUGGCACUUGCGAUCCUAUAAAUGGAAGUUGUGACUGCAAGAAUGGCUUUACCGGCCCAACAUGUUCGACAUUGGACAAACGUUAG